GUGCCACCACCCUGGCUGGCACACACACACUGUUCACGCUCUCUCCACCUGUGUCAGUGCUGUAGUAACUCUCCCUCCACCUCCACUCACCAGGGCCUCCCUACGCACUCUUCUCCUCCACUCCCUCCAUCAUCAAUCGCCUCAACUCCCACAACCCAAGGAAAAACAAGGAAGAACUUGCAUCAAUCGCCGUACAGAUCAAUUUGCUGGUCGAGGGAGAGUGUAAGCUUUCCACCUCAAGGGCAAGUACCUACCUACCUACUUACCUAAGACUCUCCCCCACCAGCAUACCUACCUACCACCACCACCAUUCCUACCUGCUACCAUCACCAUACGGACUACCAUCUCAUGGACCAACGCUUGCUCCAGAUGUCUCCAUAUGUAAACACAACGACCCACAACGCCAAGCAGAGUUACAUAAUCUUUUGGGAGCAUUGUUAUUGUCUUGGCUCCUACCUACACAAAAGUUGAAGUCAAGGCACUAGUGUUGAAGCCAAGGUACCAGUGUUUAAGCCAAGGUACUAGUGUUGAAGCCAAGGUACUGAGGAUCAAUCGACUAUGAAGCCAGGAGAAUCGCCUUUCUAAAUUGUCCCUGAAGAAAGGGGAGACGAUAAAGAAAGUGAGAGGAAGAAACGAGGGGAAAAGAGGAAGGAAGGAAGGAAGGAAGGAAGGAAGGAAAGAGUACAGGUGUAAGGAAGAGCAGUGAGUGUCCUAACAGCAGUGAACACACAACCCUCGACUCAACGCGUGGGACUUAGUGUAAUACACUGUGUACUGCAGAGUAUUACAGGCACACUGUGUAUUACAGUGUGUGUUGGCUACGUAUCAGUGCAUCGUAACUGUAAGCGCUACAAGUGUUCGAACUGGGAUUUAUUAUGAAGUAUAAUCCUUGUUAUCCAGUACGCUAGCUUCUCUGUACAUUAUUGUAUGUACUUAAUGUAUAUCUUGAAGAUAUUGGUACACUAGCGUGUGUGUAAAACUCUACUGGUUUACAAUCGAAAGGAACUGGAUUCAAUCCUCGGGCUGUGUGUCGAGUGUUGUGUGGAGUGUGUCCAGUGGUAUAGGGUAGAGGGUAACCCGUGGAUAACAAGCCAUCCUGCCCGGCUUUCCUGGCUUAUCUCAACUUGUUAACCCCCCGGGGGAGGCUUAAUAACCCCAGGAAAGUGGUCCUCUUGAACGUUGUGUGUGACGUGUAAGUGGCCUGACAGCCCAGCUGGUUAAGAGACAGACAGAGACAGACUGAGAGAGAAUCAACUCUCACUGUUGCUAGGUAGAUGAUUCAGUAUGCAGGCAACUCACCCGCAUGUGCGUCCACUAUCUCUGAAGUGUUAAAGUGCUAUUUGUGGACCCAUGUAAGUGCUGAUAACACUUGCCAUGGCGUCAGUGUUGAGGGCACCAUCAGUGAUAAGAAAAGAUUAUUAAUGGUAAAAAUUAUAUCCUAUCAACUUUGUUCGGUGUCUGAAUAGAGCUGAUGCACUUCAGCGUUAAGUGCGUCAAAAGUGUAUAAGUUAUUAUGAAGUGUUGUUAGGUGCCGCAGGAGAGGAAGAGGUGUCACUUGAAGUGUGUAAUGCAGUUAUUAUCGAUCAUAAGGAACACUCAGCCUAUCUGAAAUCUAAUUUGGAGUCACAAUCCUCACAGUGCUACCACACUACACACAGUGCUGGUAGAACAGACAAGAAGUAGAGUGACCAGCACCACCAGCACCAGAAGCAGCAUCACCAGAGGCAGCAACAUCACCAGAAGCAGCAUCACCAGAGGCAGCUGCAUCACCAGAAGCAGCAGCAUAACCAGAGGCAGCAGCAUCACCAAAGGCAGCAGCAUCACCAGAGGCAGCAGCAUCACCAGCAGCACCACAGGCACAUCACCAGCUGCAUCUUCCAUCACGUGACAGUGUGAAUCUUGCCUGAGAUAGUGUCAUCAUAACACACUGACAACGAAGGUUGUGUACUAGUGGUGCUGUGAGGAGAAGAGACAGUGUAUUGGUACAGUGAGAGGAGACAGUGUAUUGGUACAGUGAGAGGAGACAGUGUGCAGGAGACGAGCGUAAACAACACAGGUAGUAGAGAACGAACACACCUAGUCUCGAAAAGUAAGAAUAAGACAGUGUGAAGGAGAUAGAAUUGGUGUAUAGGAGAAAGAGACAGCUGCUACAUGAAGGAGAGAGGCGGUGAACGGAGAAGCAGAGAGUGUGUGCAGGAGAGAGGUGGUGUUGAGGACACAGGAGGCACUGACACAGGCUACAUGAUACAUACCAUCAACAUGAAACAGGAAAUUGAUGACUUUCUCACCUUCACUUCCGACUCACCAGACACGCUGGUGAGGGAAGAUGUCAUGAUCGUCUCAUCUUCACAAUGUGUGCUGGACUACAGCGAGUGUGGGGACGAGGCUCAACCUUCACCCAAACACAUGAAGCUCUUCACGGACUCACCACCCAGUCCAGACCGUCAGUUCUGUUCCUCUACCACCUCCAUGGCCAGUGACUCUGCCCACACACCCUCAGAGAGUCUACGGGAGGAUGACGGGCCCAAGAGAUCGUGUCUGGUGUGUGGUGAUAUCGCUUCCGGCUUCCACUAUGGUGUCGCUUCCUGCGAAGCUUGUAAAGCUUUUUUUAAGAGAACCAUCCAGCAGGGCAACAUAGAGUACACCUGUCCUGCCGCUAAUGACUGCGAGAUUAACAAAAGGAGAAGGAAGGCCUGCCAAGCCUGCCGCUUCCACAAGUGUCUGAGAGUUGGCAUGCUCAAGGAGGGAGUCAGGUUAGACCGGGUGAGAGGAGGAAGACAGAAGUACAGACGAACAACAGAGUCGCCCUUUUCGCUGCAUCAGAUGCCUGUCAAGAAAGUUUCAUUGGAAGAUAACAAGUUGUUGAAAUCCCUCAUUGCGUGUGAGCCGGAUUCCUUAUACGCCCUUCCGGACAUGGCUGUUUCCGACGCAGAUUAUCUCACCAUAUCCACCUUGGCUGACCUGUAUGACAGGGAACUCGUUUCCACCAUUGGAUGGGCCAAACAGAUUCCAGGAUUCACAGAACUAGCAUUGAACGACCAGAUGCGGCUGCUUCAAAGCACAUGGGGAGAGAUCCUAACCCUAGGGCUAGCAUACCGCUCCAUGCCUGCCCAUGGCCACACUCUCCACUUUGCUCCUGACUUCACUUUAGAUGAGAAGCAAGCAAGAGAAUGUAAUGCCACUGAGCUCUUCACUCAGGUUUUGGGCGUUGUGGAGCGAUUGGAACAGUGUGGAAUCAACAGGGAAGAAUUCCUACUCCUGAAAGCCCUUGUCCUGACUAAUUCCGAUGUGCGACUUCAAGACAAUCAGGCCCUCCACCGCCUAAGGCAAAACAUCCUCCAGGCGUUGCAUGAUGCAGUUGCUACUAUCAGACUACGGGACUCAGUUGUACAAAUGCAGUCGUUAUUACUGUGUUUGCCCUCUCUAAGAGCAGCAGAUGCAGCUCUUCGGAGGUAUUGGCUCUCUGUGCGUCACCAGGGUAGUGUGCCCAUGAACAAGCUCUUUGUGGAGAUGUUAGAGUCACACAUGCGGUGAAUGGCAACUAGACUUAAAUUGUAAUUAUAUACAUAUAUGGCAAACUUUCAUUUCAAUAACAGGAAAAAGAAUAGUGUGGCAGGGAAGUGAAAAUUGGCAUCGUGCAUUAAUGGGGUUUUGCAAAAAAAUACAACUUCCAGUUGUUCACUAGAUGGUCAUAGGGUCCAGUAGUGACCAGAAUAUUAUCUUGGUUUUAUGUCUUCCAAGCUGGAGCUGAUGUUUAAGUACUGUUUGUUAGUCAGCGGCUUUCUCUCAUCACGACUUGACCCCGAGUGGUCCUGUCUAUGAGGCUGACGCUUUUGACUGGUCCUGUCAGGAAUAGUACCAAGUGGAAUGAUGCUUUCAAGAUGAACACUGGAAGAAAAUUGCAAUACUCCAAAACAAAUGCCUGCCAUGUUGCCAUACACUCAGGUAUUGUUGGCAAUUGUGUUCAGUUCGGAGAAAUCAGAAAUACACUGAUCACUAUGAAAAUUUAACCCCAUUGUGAGUUUUGAUCCUAUGUAUAUAACUGUUGUCAAUGUUACUCCCACCGAGCAACACGAUUAGUGAUGUUGCCGCUGUAUGCAAUCAUUUGACAUGGUCAGCGAAUUUGAACAAUGGACAAUAUAUUUAACAAAUUUAAUGUGUUUUAUUAAGAAAUGGAGUCAUACAGAGAGGAUCCAAGGCUCAUGUUUGCUGAUCUCGCCCCAUGUGUUGGCAGUUGACUCAGGACUAAUACCACUCCAGUUGUGUGUCUCAAAACUCAAGUCACUGCUAGUAAAAUAUGUUGAUAAAUUGUACAUAUUCACUUUCUUUGUAUCUCAAAGGCAUAGGCCUGUGUAACAGUACAACUGCUUAAGUAAGAGAAAUCAAUAAAAAUGUGUGUGUUGUCUGUUUCUAAUUAAAUGUGAAGUUGUAAUGUCUUGAUACAUUAUUAUCAGCAACUCUACAGUCAUCCCAGCAAAUAUUUAUAUCCGUUCUGGGUGCAAAGUUCAUGCAAGGGUGACUGUAGUGUUGAGUCUUUAGGCUAUCAGGUGCUAGUGUUCCAUAAUAAAAAAAAAGUUUAUUUGCCCAGAGUAACAAUUUGUUACACUGUCAGAGUAUGAUGUGCUACACAAUGACAAUUUAUGCCACAUGUAACCCAUCGCUAGUUCUGUCGCAUCUAGAGGCCCUUACUUUAGGGACUAGUCUCGUGCAAGUAUAAGUAGAACUUGGAAUCUAAGAAAUCAAAUACUGUUCAACGCCUGUCUUCCUGUUUGCUUUUAAUUGUCACGGUGAUGUUCAGUUUGAUUUUUUGGGUUUAUCCCUUUUCUGAAUAUACUAGUAUAUGCUCAAUAACAACCCACAUGGAGGCAGAAACACAGGAGAUUGAUUGAUCUAUAUAUUUUCACCCCCUUCUGGGAUCCUCUUCAGCAGAUCUGCUGAAGAGGUCCCCAGAAUGGGGUCAAAAUAUACAGAUCAAUGAAAAUCUCCCGAGUUGCUGUCUACAUGUGGGUUAAUAUUGAGCACUGGCAAGUGCUCAUUUCACUUUAGUUAUUCAUACUACUACAUAUUCACAUACAGGCACAUUUAUGCAAGUCGUAUUAUACACGAUUGUCACACAAGCUGCUGAGUUCCAGGGACUCACCGUUUCCCUCAUCAUGGUCAGUUAUAACAUACAACCAGUGUUUGAUGUAUAACAAGUUACAUAAUCCAUCUCUUCCAUGCAAUGUAUGAUUGGUUAUUACUGCAAGUGUUGAUGUGCAGUAAACUUGAAUAAUUAUUAUAUUCAUGGAGAAGUGUUAAACCCACAUGGAUCCUUUGGUGCCUGGGAAAUAGGAGGUAGUGAGGUUUGAUUCUAGGAAAGGGGGAUUAUCAUGUAAAUGAUAACUAAUAGUGACAAGUUGAUAAGUGUGUGCAAUGCCUGGGUAUCUAUAUUACCAAAAGGUUUUGCUUAUCAAGCAGGCUUCAUCAGUUGAAUACAGAGGUAACUUACAAUCCUGGAGAUGGUAGGAGUGCAGAGAUAGUUUAAAGUAAUCAGUACCUCAGCUGUGCUGGAAAAGAUUGACCAUCAUCCAUCAAGUACCUCCACUUCUGUUUCUCAAGAAUUAUCAAUCACCUCAGUGUUUCACUGAUGAAACCUGCUAGGAGAGUUAAACAUUUCAUGUAAAUAAAAAUGUUUAUUUCCUUGCAAAGCUUACAAUGUGUGGUUUACGUAUUACAAAAUAUUAGUUGCAAAGAAAGUCACUAGCAUGCCUAGGCAUUCCGGGCAGACUAAUCCUAAUUCUUACUGACUACUCUAUAUUGACACAGGUUAUGGAACAGUACAUCAGUAAAGAUACUUGAGUGUUGCACACAUCUUAUUAAUCAGAGAACAGCUCCAAUUCCCAGGACCAAGAGCCCUUCACCAGCAAGAGGGAACACCUCCUUGAAGGGAACUGAAGUAUUAUGUCAGUGUAUAUAGAUGUUCCAAGCAAGAGUUGGCAAGAAACAUUAUUUUUGUAGGUUCAACAUAUGCCAGUUGGAACAUUUUAGUCCACCACUUUUAGAAGGCACUUAUGGUGGAAAUAAUUCUUUUUUGAUUUACCAUUACUCUUCUAAUAUUGUAAUAUCAAAAUUAUUUUCUUUACAAUUUAUUAAAGUGGGAGAACUAAGUUGAAGAAACAUUGCUAGACAAAAUAUCAACUAUAAAGAAAAUGUUUAUUUUUUUAGUUAAUAAUUUUUAACAAAUAUUACCUAUAUAAGCCAUUAAUGUGUCUUAAAAUUGUCUUUGCUGCUGAAUAUUACAUGAUUAGGAAAGUAUUAUUAUUAUUAUUAUAUAUCAUAAUCAUCUUUGUACAAUAUUAAUGGGGAGAUGCUACAGGUUAUAUACAGGAAAUAAGGGACUCAGACUUACCUGGAAUAUACCUGGAGAAGGUUUCAGGGUUCAACACCCCUGCGUCCCAGUCUGUGACCAGACUCGAGGAAUAAAAGGGUGGCUAUAAUUCCUUUGAUAAAAGGCCCUUCACUGACAUCAAGGCCACCCCUCCUGAGUCAUGCUUUAUAAGCCAAGAUGACAAGCUCUACUAAAAAGUGAAAAUUAAACAUCAAAUAUUGUCCAGAAGAGCUUUAGUUGUGUUGAGUAUUACCUAGUACAUGCGUUCUUUGUAGCAACCCAGAGAAAGGAAUCUGGCACCAACAGCUGAAGGGCUUGAGGUGGCCAUUUAUUAUCACAGAACUGACAUGACAUGAUGCACAAGUUGUAUUUUGUAAGAAAACUUAUGUAAAUGGUCAACAUGCAUUGUAAGGCUAACUUAGAUGCGCAGUGUUGGAAUGUGAGAUGAUUGCACUAGCCAAUCGAAUUUAACUUUUUAUCCAGUUCAGUAACCCAACUUUGAUGUGCUGAUCACAAAUCUGAACUUGUUUAGUUCUGUCAUCUAAGAUUUUUUAUGAAAUCUUAUGACCAAUAUUUAGUAAAAGUUGAAAAGCCACACUAUGUUACCUAGCAAUCAUAGUUAUUGUAGAUAUUAAGGUCAGUGCACAUGACAAAAACUAAUCCUUUGUAAUGUAAAUUCAUUAUAUACAGUAAAUACAAACACAUACAACAGAAAUUUCUAUACAGUCAUAUAAACAUUUGUAGUAAAUCAGUUUUCAGGUUUUUUUUACUUGGGUUGAGUAAGGCUUUCCUACACCAGUGUUCAGCAGUAUUCCUCCGUCAAAACAAUCGUCAAGUUUUGUACGUCUCUUCUCUGUGAUGUUGUGUCUUGGUGAAAUCGUUCACUGUGGGGAUCUGUUUCACAGAAGCUAUAUGUGUUUAGGGAAAACUACAUUCGGGGUUUGAAUUAGUCGGAAAAUUUUUAGUGUGGCCAGUGUUAUUAUACAGUGUAUUCAUAGGGAAAUGCUACAUCUGUAGGGGUCAUGCUGCCCUUGGAAAAUGAUAGGUAAUCAAAUCUGAACUGAGGAAGGGAUAGCUAAAAUGUCUUGUAUCAAGAACCCUUCAGAUUACAUCAUCUGAAGGGUGAAACUAAAGAUAAAAAAAAAGGCUCAUUAGUGAGUUAACCCCUUCAGGGUCCAAGGCCCAAAUCUGAAGUGGUGCCCCAGUGUCCAAGAAUUUAAAAAAAAAAAUUUUUUUAUUUUUUCUUAUGAAAUGGUAGAGAAUCUUUUUGUGAAGGUAAUAAAACAAAAAGUACGAAAUUUGAUGGAAAAUUGACGAAAUUAUGCUCUCGCGAAUUUUGGUGUGUCAGCGAUAUUUACGAAUCGGCGAUUUUGCUGACUUUGACUCCAUUUUAGGCCAAUUACAUUAUUCCAGUCAACCAAAUUCUUAGCUAUUUCACUAGUAUUACUUCUAUUCUAUCGAUUGAGCACAAGAAAUCGCCAAGUCAACUGUUUCAACUACAAAUUAAAGUGAUCGGAAAUUGUUAAUUUGGCCAAUUUAACACAAAGUUCAAAAUAUUCCAAUUUCAAAAUAGGGUCCAGAAUAAACAAUGUAGGUAUUCCUGGAACUAAACUAACAUUUCCUCUGUUCAUUAGUUAUGUUUUGAGGCUUUACAAAUAAAUUCCAUUUUGAUUUUUUAUUCACAUAUUGAAU